AAGAGAAAAUGUGGCUGUUUAGCAGAAAGGGACCUUCUGGGUUCUCAGCUUCUUCUACAGCUGAGGAUGUUACUCAAGAAAUUGAUGCCACUGGUCUCACUGCCAUUGUUACAGGGGCUACUAGUGGUAUUGGUAUUGAGACUGCCCGUGUACUUGCAUUACGCGGUGUCCAUGUAGUUAUGGGGGUCAGGAAUAUAGAAGCUGGUAAGGAGAUCAAGGAAACCAUAUUAAGAAAUAAUUCAACUGCAAAAAUCGACAUGAUGGAGCUGGACCUAAGCUCAAUGGAAUCUGUGAGAAAAUUCACGUCACAGUUUAACUCUCGUAGUCUUCCUUUGAAUAUACUUAUAAAUAAUGCAGGAAUAAUGGCAACACCAUUCAAGCUUUCCAAAGACAAUAUAGAAUUACAAUUUGCGACAAACCAUAUAGGUCAUUUUCUUUUGACAAACUUACUGCUGGAAACAAUGAAACAAACUGCCAUUAAACAGAAGAAAGAAGGAAGGAUUGUAAAUGUUGCAUCAAGACGUCAUAAAUUAUCAUAUUCUGAAGGGAUUAGAUUCGAUAAGAUUAAUGAUGAAUCAGGGUAUAACAGUUUGUCUGCCUAUGGACAGUCAAAGCUUGCCAAUGUUUUGCAUGCUAAUGAACUUGCAAGAUAUCUAAAGAUAAAAUUGGGGGAAACCAAUUUAUGAACCCUAAAACGAAAUUGGGAAAUUGGGUGAAAUUGCAAUUAUCAAUGGCUUCAAUCCGCACCAGUUCUUCGAAUUCCAGAAGCUAC